UUUUUAGAGAGAGAAAGUUGGUAUAAUUUAGCGGUGUGGGUGAUGCUGGAAUUCCGCUACAUUUCUUUUGCAUGGCUUAGAGGGAUUUUCAAUCUCUCCCCUGCGCUUCAAGGCUGGUUAUUGAAUUAGAGAGGUACCCGUUUGUGUUUAAGCCUUUCUUUCCCUUCUUGGCUCCAAAGUCUGAACUUUUAAUUGGAUUAGAAGGGAAAGAAAGCACAAUUUUAAAGAAAAUAAAAGGUUUUAGUAUCCCUGGAUAGUUGGAUACAAUGAGCGUUUCAGGCGUGAUUUCUAGGCAAGUUUUGCCCGCAUGUGGUAGCCUUUGUUUCUUUUGCCCUGCAAUGAGGGCUAGGUCUAGGCAGCCUGUCAAGAGGUACAAGAAGCUGAUCUCUGAUAUUUUUCCUCAUUCACAGGAUGAAGGACCAAACGAUCGGAAGAUAGGAAAACUAUGUGAAUACGCUAAUAAGAAUCCUUUGCGCAUACCAAAGAUUACAACCUCUCUUGAGCAAAGGUGUUACAAGGAAUUGAGAAAUGAGAACUUCCAAUCUGCGAAAAUUGUCAUGUGCAUUUACAGAAAAUUGUUGAUAUCUUGUAAAGAACAAAUGCCUUUGUUUGCUAGUAGCUUACUAAGUAUUAUCCAAACUCUUCUGGAUCAAACACGACGGGAUGAAAUACAGAUUGUAGGAUGUUCGACUCUUUUUGACUUUAUAAAUAAUCAGAAAGAUGGGACUCACAUGUUUAACUUUGAGGGCUUCAUUCCACAACUCUGCCGGUUAGCUCAGGAAGUUGGGGAGGAUGAAAGGGCCAGAAGUAUACGUUCAGCUGCGCUGCAAGCCCUUUCUGCACUGGUGCGGUUUAUGGGUGAGCAUUCUCAUAUUUCGGCUGAGUUCGACAAUGUUGUUUCUGUGGUUUUGGAAAAUUAUGGAGGUCCUAAGAAAAACACGGAGAACCCUGACCAACACAGGUGGUUACAAGAAGUGUGCAAAAUAGAGGGUCAUGUCAAUCCUUUGCCAGAUGCCUUGACAAAGGUUCCUUCUUUGAGGAUAAUUGUCAAUGACAAAGGCGAAAUAAAUGUGACAGAGGAAGAUGCCCAGAAUCCAUGCUUUUGGUCCAGGGUUUGCCUGCACAACAUGGCUAAGCUAGCAAAGGAGGCUACAACCAUUCGGCGAAUUCUGGAGUCCUUGUUCCGUUAUCUCGAUAAUGAAAAUUUAUGGUCUCUUGAUAAUGGUCUUGCCUUCUCGGUGUUGAAGGAUUUGCAAAUUUUAAUGGAUAAUACUGGGCAAAAUACACACUUUUUGCUUUCCACAAUGAUUAAGCAUCUUGAUCAUAAAAAUGUUCUUAAGCAACCAAACAUGCAACUUGACAUUGUUAGUGUUACCACACUUCUUGCUCAACAAACAAAGGUUGAGCCUUCUGUAGCAAUAAUUGCUGCAGUCAGUGAUGUAAUGAGGCACUUGCGGAAGAGCAUACACUGUUCACUUGAUGAUGAAAAUCUGGGAGCUGAGAUAAAAAGAUGGAACAAAAGCUUUAGAGAAGCAGUGGAUAAGUGCCUCGUACAGUUGUCAGAUAAGAUUGGAGAUGCAGGCCCUAUUCUUGAUGUUAUGGCUGUGAUGUUGGAGAAUAUCUCAACAAUUACAGUCAUAGCCAGAACCACAAUUACUGCUGUAUAUCGAGCAGCUCAAAUUGUGGCCUCUAUGCCAAAUUUAUCAUACCAAAAUAAGGCAUUCCCAGAGGCUUUAUUUCAUCAGUUACUCCCAGCGAUGGUCCAUCCAGACCAUGAAACACGGAUUGGUGCCCACCAGAUAUUUUCUGUUGUUCUUGUGCCAUCUUCAGUUCAUCCAUCCACAAAUAAUUCUGAGCCAAAGAAGGCAAUGGAUCUUCCAAGGGCACUCUCAAGAACUGUCUCUGUCUUUUCGUCUUCAGCUGCCCUUUUUGACAAGCUAAGAAGUGAUAAAUCUUUGUCAAGGGAAAAUCCUUAUCAAGACAACAAAAAUAAUGUUGUUAGUGAGGGACAGCCAAGAAACAAUAAUAAUGGAGUGCUUAAUAGAUUGAAGUCAUCUUAUAGUCGAGUAUAUAGUGUGAAAAAUCCCCCUCUAUCAACAACUGAUGGAAAAUCUGUGAGCAAUUCCAAAAAAGAGCAAGAUGCUAAUUCAUUAAGGUUGAGUAGCCGCCAGAUUACACUCCUGCUUUCAUCAAUUUGGGCACAGUCUAUCUCUCCUGCAAAUUCACCUGAAAACUUUGAAGCAAUUGCACAUACGUACAGCCUUGUAUUGCUUUUCUCUAGAGCCAAGAACUCCAGUCAUGAGGUUCUGAUUCGAAGUUUUCAGCUUGCAUUUUCCUUGCGAAACAUUUCUCUCACCGAAGGAGAGUCACUCCUACCAUCACGUCGCAGGUCCCUCUUCACCUUGGCAACUUCUAUGAUUCUCUUUUCAUCAAAAGCUUAUAACAUUCUUCCGCUUGUUCAGUCUUCCAGAGUGACACUUACAGAGAAAAAUGUGGAUCCCUUUUUAUGCUUGGUUGGAGAUCACAAGUUGCAGGUUAUUAAGAAGGAAGCUGACCACCCGAAAAAUGUUUUUGGAUCAAAAGAAGAUGAUAGAUUGGCUUUGAAAUUCCUCUCAGAAAUAGAGAUCACACAGGACCAAACUCGGGAAAGCUUUGCUUCUGAGAUUGUGAAUAGCUUGGAAAACUUGUCCGAUUCUGAAUUGUGCUCCAUAAAAGAGCAACUACUUAAUGAAUUCUUACCUGAUGAUGUAUGUCCAUUGGGAGCACAGUUCAUGGAUACUCCGAACAAAGUAUAUCUUAUCGAUCCAAAUCAUAGUAAAUCUCUGAAGGAGACUGCUCUUCUUUUUUCAAUAGAGGAUGAAGGUUUUACAGAUUCAAGCGAAAGUCAAGCAAAAGUCAAUACAGAGUUGGCCGUGGGAGUGCCCCACCUGUUGAGUGUCAAUCAAAUUCUAGAAUCAGUCUUGGAGACGACACAUCAAGUUGGGAGAAUUUCGGUCUCCACUAGACCUGACAUGCCUUACAAGGAAAUGGCUGGUCACUGUGAGGCACUCCUAAUGGGAAAGCAGCAGAAGAUGUCUCAUUUGAUGAAUGCUCAAUUGAGGCAAGAAAGUUUGAUUCGUGUCUCUGUUCAAAACCAUGAAGUUGAGGCUAAGAAUGUGGCCUUUCCUUCACAUGUUGAUGUUGGUUCCCAUGCGGCUGGCAAUCCAUUCCUCAAUGAGAACCUCACAGCCAAUUUGAACAAAUCAUCAGCCAGUACUGUUCCAACGCAAUGCGCAGCUGAGUACCAGCAUAAUCCUCAAUUCUUCAGACUGCCAGCAUCAAGUCCAUAUGAUAACUUCCUAAAAGCCGCUGGUUGUUGAUCCUACACAAGUAUAUAAAAGUACUUCUCCUUGAGCUAGACAAGAAACUAUAAAUACUCGGUUGGGUUGUCGCUUAAAGAACUCGGAGGCCUCAAAGCUGCAAAAUCCACAUUAUUUCUUGUCGAUUCUAAAAGCUCUUGAUCUUCCCGGUGAGAAGAAUGCACUGUUACCGUACACUCUGCAUUUGAUUCCUGGGAUUUGCAGGAAUAAUCAUUGUUGCAAAUCUAGAUUGGUGAGUUUGUUACUCCCAAAUAUUUUUUUUUUUAAAGAUAAAAUAAUUUCUUGCAUAUACUGAGUGUAUGGGGCAGUCAUUUUGGAAUUGGUUCCUUACCAGUUUUCUAUCUUCAACUAAUCCUCCAGCCAUAUGAUGUAUAGAGUAUUUGUGUAUUUGUAUAUUUGUGAAUUUGUGAUGAUGGAGUUGUAUGUAGAACUUCAGGCUUUGAUCAUUUAUGUACUAAAUGGACAAUUGUGUCCAUUUUUAAUGACAUCUAACAAGGGAUUGUUUUUUUUAAGAAAAUUUGUCUUUAAUAGAAAAAAAAUAUAUUG